AUGGCCUCUCAAGAUCCUCAGAUCACGCACGAUGCCGCGAACAGUGGCGACGAUGAGAAGUACGUCGGUGAAAAGCAAGAGACUGCCUAUAUCGACUUGGAAAACAGCGCAACGGCAAAGAUCAAAAACCCCUUGGCUCACCUUUCCAACGAGGAAGUCAUUAAAGACGUCGAAGAGUUCUCCAGAGACAAUGACUUUGCAGACAUGACAGACCUACUAGUGAAGGGCGCUCUCGUUGCUAAAGAUCCUCCAGCUUUUGAGAGCGUGCCAGGCCUUACGGAGCAUGAGAAAGAAGCCAUCCGCAAUGAGGUCUUGCACAAGUGGCGUCAGCCAAAAUCGCUCUACUUCACAAUCAUUCUUUGCUCGAUUGGUGCAGCUGUACAGGGUUGGGAUCAGACUGGCUCCAAUGGCGCUAACCUCUCCUUCCCCGAUGCUCUGGGCAUCCCAGUCAGCGACAAACUGGCGAAUGGACAACCAAACCCGAAUGCUGCGCGCAAUCAAUGGUAUCAAGGCUUGAUCAAUGCCGGGCCGUACAUCGCCUCGGCAUUCCUCGGCUGUUGGUGUUCUGAUCCACUCAACAACUUUUUUGGUCGACGAGGCACCAUCUUUGUGUCUGCUGUCUUCUGCUUCUUGAGUCCAAUUGGGUCUGCCGUUGCGCAGACGUGGGAUCAACUUCUGGUCACUCGACUUCUGCUCGGUAUUGGUAUGGGUUGCAAAGGCUCAACCGUACCGAUCUUCAGCGCCGAAAAUGCACCCGCAUCAGUUCGAGGGGGCCUGGUCAUGAGUUGGCAGAUGUGGACCGCCUUCGGCAUUUUCUUAGGAACUUGCGCCAAUCUUGCCGUCAAGGACACUGGCUCCAUCUCCUGGCGCCUUCAGUUCGGUUCUGCUCUGCUCCCUGCCUUACCUCUUCUCAUCGGGGUUUACUUCUGUCCAGAAUCUCCUCGUUGGUACAUCAAGAAGGGCAAAUAUCGCAAUGCCUUCCAAUCACUCAAGCGUCUCAGGAACACCGAGCUCCAGGCCGCUCGUGAUUUGUACUACAUCUUUGCUCAACUCCGUAUGGAAGCCAGUUUGGUCAAGAAGCAGACCAACUAUGCCACUCGCUUCAUUCAGUUGUUCACGAUUCCACGAGUUCGCCGCGCUACUCUGGCAUCCUUCACUGUCAUGAUUGCGCAACAAAUGUGCGGAAUCAACAUCAUCGCCUUUUACAGCUCCACCGUGUUCUCGGAAGCUGGUGCAUCUGUUACGGACUCGCUUUUGGCUUCCUGGGGCUUUGGGUUGGUGAACUUUGUAUUCGCCUGGCCUGCCAUAUGGACUAUCGAUACAUUUGGUCGCCGAUCACUGCUGUUGUUCACCUUCCCUCAGAUGGCAUGGACCUUGCUAGCUGCAGGUCUCUGCUAUUUGAUUCCUUCGUCAAGUUCAGCGCAUCUGGGUCUGGUCGCCCUCUUCAUUUACUUGUUUGCGGCAUUUUACUCUCCCGGAGAAGGCCCUGUGCCGUUCACAUAUUCCGCUGAGGUCUUCCCUCUUUCACACCGUGAGGUCGGUAUGGCUUGGGCAGUGGCAACCUGCUUAUUUUGGGCUGCCGUACUUUCGAUCACUUUCCCACGGAUGCUAUCAGCCAUGAGUCCCACUGGUGCAUUUGGGUUCUAUGCAGGUCUCAAUAUCUGCGCGCUUGUCAUGAUCUUCCUCUUCUUGCCAGAAACCAAACAAAGGACCUUGGAGGAACUUGAUUAUAUCUUUGCUAUUCCGACCCGGACCUUCAUCAAACAUCAAGUUGGCACCGUUCUGCCGUGGUGGAUCAAGACAACCAUCUUUCGCCGCAAAAUCGGCCCUUGCCCUGCACUUUGGUCAUUCGAUGGCCACGUUGACAACGACAAAGAGUUUGUGGAAACUGUCCGCAGGCAAAGUGAGGCUGUUCAUGGCGGCCGCCGCCGCAGCAGCAUUGCGGACAGGAUUGCCAACCGAUUCUAA